AUGGCAGAAGUGAAUAUUCUGGUAUCAGAGAAGCAGUUUAGCUGUCCAGUGUGUCUGGAAAUAUUGAAGGACCCAGUCGCUAUUCCAUGUGGACACAGUUACUGUAUGGGGUGUAUUAAGAACUGCUGGGAUCAGACUGAUCAUACAGGUGUCUACAGCUGCCCCCAGUGCAGAAAGACCUUUACCCCAAGGCCUGUUCUGCGCAGAAACACCAUACUGGCUGAAAUUGCUGGAGAAUUCAAGAAGAGAAGGCUCAAUCCUCCUCCUGCUCAAAGUUAUGCUGGACCUGGAGAUGUGCCGUGUGAUUUCUGCACUGGGAGAAAGUUCAAAGCUGUGAAAUCCUGUUUGACGUGCCUGGCCUCUUACUGUGAAGCACACGUCAAGCCACACUAUGAGGGGGCUGCUUUCAAGAGGCACAAACUGGUCAACGCUAUUGAAAAUCUGGAGCAGAAGCUUUGUGCUGAACACCAGAAGGUUUUUGAGGUAUUUUGUAGAACUGAUCAGACGUGUAUUUGCUGGCUGUGUGCAGACAAAGAACACAAGAGCCAUGAUACAGUCUCAGCUGAGGCAGAAAGGAGUGUGAAACAGAAGCAGCUGGGAGAGACACAGACAGAAAUACAACAGAGAAUCCAGGAGAGACUGAAAGAAACUGAACAUCUGAAACAGGCUGUGGAGUCACUGAAAAGAUCUGCACACAGGGAAAUAAAGAAAAGCAAGAAGAUCUUUACUGAGCUGAUCCGAUCCAUUGAGAAGAUUCACACUGAGGUUAUUGAGCUGAUUGGAGCUAACGAGAAGGCUGCAGUGAAUCAGGCUGAAGGACGCAUGAAGAAACUGGAGCAGGAAAUUGCUGAGCUAAGGAGGAGAAACGCUGAGCUGAAACAGCUUUCAGAGACAGAGGAUCACAUCCAUUUUCUACAGAAUUUCCAGUCUCUCUGUGCCCCUCCUGAAGCUGGAGACUUACCCAGCGUUACUGUCAAUACAGACAUCUCUUUUGGGGCUGUGAGGAAAGCUGUAUCUGAACUUAAAGACCAUAUUGAGGACUUCUGCAAGGGGGAAUUAGUCAAAAUAACCACAACAGUGAAUGAAACAGCAGUUUAUACCCUGGGGUCUAGGAGCAGUGACAGACGUUUCAAAGUGAAUGAAGUUGCAGUUUACAGUCUGCAGGCUCCAGAGCCAAGGAACAGAGCUGAGUUUUUAAAAUAUUCCUGUCAGCUCACACUGGACCCCAACACAGCGCAUAGAAACCUCUGUCUGUCUGAAGGGAACAGAAAGGUGAAACGGAGGAGAGAGACCCAGAGAUAUCCUCAUCACCAAGAGAGAUUUGAUUACUAUCUCCAAGUGCUUUGCAGAGAGCGUUUGUCUGGGACUCGCUGUUACUGGGAGAUUGAGUGGAGUGGGGGAGGGGCUAAUAUAGGAGUCACAUAUAAAGGAAUCAGCAGGAAAGGAGGGGAUCAUUCCUGUGCCCUUGGAUUUAAUGACAAGUCCUGGAGUUUGUUCUGCUCUGAUUCCAGGUACACUACCCUGAACAAUAACAAUCAAACUGCAAUAAAUGCCCCCCGCUCCCCCAGAAUAGGAGUGUAUCUGGACUUUAAUGCCGGCACGCUGUCCUUUUAUGGCGUCUCUGACACAAUGACCCUCCUGCACAGAUUCCAAACCACAUUCACUGAGCCGCUCUAUCCUGGGUUUUAUAUUUAUUGUGGUUCCUCUGUAACAAUCUGCCAGCUGAACUAGACUGUUUUGUGUUGUAAGAAACCCUUUGUAUUGAACUCCCUGUCUGUCCUCUCCACUCCUUGCGUGAAGGGAAUGUUCAAUCUGACACAACUUUAGAUAAAAGUUAGGGGGUAAAACGGCGCCACCUGCAGAGCGAAACGAGGUGAAUUAUUUCUUUUUACACUUAUGGACUGUUAAAGACUCUUUAUGGUUUAAAUCAAGUUAAAUCAAAUUGUUCAGAGAGGGGGAGCAGUUUUUUGUUUUAUUAAUUUUAUUGUUUAUUAUUAUUCAAAGCACAGUUUAAGGUCAACAAUCUUUAUAACCAGGUUUUAAAUUAAAACCAAAACAUGAAUGUAAAGAAGGACCAUUUAAUAACCAUUUUUUAUGUUUCUGUACUUUA